AUGUCAAAAUUAAAUAGUGAUAUUCUUGAACAAAUUUUUCAAGAUUUAAAUGAUUUAAAUCAAAAUAUAGAAUAUAGAAUAUCUCUAUUUCCUUGUUUAUUAGUUAAUAAACUUUGGUAUGAAGUUAUGAUUCCAAUUUUAUGGAGUUAUCCUUAUAAAAAUGUUUAUAAUGAAAAAUUAUUAUUCAAUAUUAUCAUUUCACAUUUAUCAGAUAAAAUAAUAAAACUUUUAAUAGAUAAAAAUAUCAUUAAAGCAGAUUUUCAAAAACAAAAACUUUCAUUUAAUUAUGUUAAAUUUUGCAAAUAUCUUAAUAAUAUUGAGAUAAUUUUUCCAAAUGAAUCAAGAUUAUUAAGGAAAAAAAUUUAUAAACAUUUUAUUAGAGAAUGUUCAUCAAUAAAAUGUUUAAGUAAAGAUAUGUUAUAUUAUCCAUUAUAUAAAUAUCCAAGAGCAAAUAUUUCACUUUCAAAUCUAUAUGAGUUAAAUUGUGAUAUAAAAGAGAAAACUUUUUAUUUUUAUCAUGAAUUGGCACAAAUAUGCAGAUCAAUAGAAAAAAUUAGAAUAAAUAUUUACAAAGUUAGAAAUGAUGAGUUUGAUGAAAUUGUGGAAUUAAUUGAAAUGCAAAAACAAAUUAAAUACAUAAGUAUACUAGAUGAACGAAAUGAACGUUUACUAGAUGAAAAUGAUAAAUGUAAUAGGAUUAUCCAAUCUUUAGAAAAACAUGUGAAUUCAAUUAAUUAUAUAGAUGUAAUUAUGAAUACUUCUUCCCUACAUUUUUCCUUUUCAAAAUUAAUUAAUUUGCAAUUCUUAAAAAUACUUAAUAAAAAGAUGUAUGAAAUAAGUGAAAAUUUUGAAAAGUACAUAAUGAAAGCAAGUUAUUAUAAACUUCAAAUACUUGAUCUACAGUCCAUACCACUUCAUAUAGUCAUAAAAAUAAUUCAAAAUACCAAUGGAAAUCUUUAUAAAAUUAAAAUUAGAUAUCCUGAUUGCGAUCAAGCAAAAGAAUAUAAUCGGACAAUUCAUAAAUAUUGUCCAAAUAUAAAAUAUGUUACAAUAUUUUUGAAUAGAAGUAACACCCUGAAAGAAUUAAAGAAUAUCCUCAUCAAGUGCCAACACUUGGAAGCAAUAGAUAUGGACGAGUAUAUCGAACAUAAAUAUCUUAAUAAAUUCCUGGAUUUGUUGAUUAAAUUAGCUCCACUCACUUUAUACAAAAUUCACAUUCAUAAUGAAUUUGAAAAUUUUAAUAUAAAAUCUUUAAAAUUAUUUUUUAAUAAUUGGAAUCUUAUGAGUAAAAAAACUUUACACUUAUAUUAUCAUAAUAAUCAUAAUAAUGAUUGGUUUGAGUUUAUUGAAAAUCAUAAAAUAAAAGGAGUUAUUGGAUAUAAAUAUCAUGAUAAUGAUUUUUGGAAUUAUGAGCAAGACGUAUUAUAA